AAUCCUAUCAAACUGACGACUUUAAUCUGUGUGUGUUUUUAUAUUAUUGGAGUUAUGUAGUUUCCGAUUAGCUUGGCGGAGCAAACCUUUUUUCUCACACAUUUUCAAGAAAACACCCCAAAAUAAAACCCCCCCUAAGACCCUGAGAGGAAAUUUUCGUAAGAAAUUCGCAAAAAGCAGGAAAGCAAGAAAGCAGAAAAGCGCCAGCCACGUUAUCUUUUGCAAAAACCAACCAGAAAAAACGAAAUAUCCGGAAAAGGGAAACAAACAAUACAUCAGAUGUACUAAUUAAAGAAAGAAAAGUCUCCGAAAAGCAAGAGCCCCCAAGCCAGAUCCCACCCAGCAUUCCGUCCAACUCGAGAAUGUUGUCGCGAAAAUAUCCAUCGAGUUGUAUUAGACGGCUGCCACCGGUCCACGAGCAGAUCGCUCUGCAAUGUGCCAAAAACAUAAGUAGAAUGGCAGUGGAUCUGCCAAAACCAACCAUACCCACAGGUGAAGUGCCAGUGCUGGUGGAACUGAGACGCACCGAUGACAGCAGUGUCCAUUAUUAUCAGGUGAAUGUGUCAUCCGAUUACCACAAUGAUGACAUUGACUAUGACAGGGAUGAGGACUGGACGACAGUUAUUGGCGAGAUAUCGAACUUGAAGCAAUGGUUGAACCUGACCGCACCGAUUACAGAGACUGCAGAUAUACAACCACCGCCAUGUCCCAUGCAUGGACAACUACAACAACAGCGAUCAGUGGGAACAAUAGGGUCCAUAAGGUUGGCACAGGCAACAAAUCCUCAAGUCAUGAUGACACAAUCUGCCUUGCAUAUAGUGCAAGAUCCCGAAACGAAAGUCAUAUGCAAAGAGAAUGUGGCCACGUUCAAUGAGUUGCCCAUCACAAGAGAGGCAGAUGAGCUGACUAAGGAGCACUUUAUGGCCACACUUCAUCAACAGCAAGCCAGUCCUUUGGAUUAUGCUGAACUUUGGCUUCCCCAACACGGUACAUGUUGGGCUAUUCAACGUUUCACACCGCUGCCGUUGGAAAUAGCCGAAAUUUCUCUCGAUGAGAACAAUGAGUAUGUAAAGAAGGUCAUGUUACCUACUCCAGCACCAUCACACACACUUAAAGCGUCACCACAAUUGAUUCAACAAGCACCACAACUGCAAAACUUUCCUUUGAAAAUCCAGGUGGGACAGCAACAUUCUUCAUCGCCAAUACGUUUGCUCAACGGCAUCAAAUUGAAUGACAAAAUAUCUGUUAAGAAUGCUGUUCUACGCCUAAAUCAAAAUGGUGAUUAUGUGUCUAGUGAGCAGGUUUUGCCCCGUAUAAAUGGUUUCAAAUACAGUCAGCAUCAUCAGCCCACACAUGGUCCAAAUGGUUACAGCAAGCCUCAGAAGUCGUCCAAUGGGGUGAUACCAACUAAAAAUGGUUUUAAAUUGGCAAUGGAAAGCAUCGACAUCCAUAAACAUCAUAAUGGUGAGAAAGGUUCAUUCAGGUGCUUGGAUAUGACUCCGCCGACUGGAACAUCGUCACGGUCGCCCCAUUAUCAUCAAGUGCCUUUACUAAGCUGUUAUAAUGAUGACCAUCUACCAAAAAUUAAAGAGGAAUCAAAUUUACAUCAGGAUCGAGAUAGUUCAUUUACUACAGAAAAAGUGACUACAUUGCAUAUGCACGAUAUGCUGGCACCGGAGGCAACAUAUCCCGUCGAAUUACAAACGCUUUUCCGCUGGAACUAUUGUGACUUGUGCCGCACAGCCAUGAGAACUGUGCGCAAUGCAGUGGAUCACUAUUCAUCCAAGGCCCAUGAUCGUCGGGUGAACACAUGGCUGAUGCGUCACUGUUGCGAAUACGGCAACGCUUCGGAGGAAGUGCUACGAUGUGUACGUACCCCUGGUCCAGCGGCUUUCUAUUGUGAGGUCUGCGAUCUGAAGUUGACUUCGAUGAUGCAUGCUCAGCAGCAUUUGUUUGGACGACGUCAUCUUAUGGUGUCGCAAAACAUGACAAAACCCAAUGGCGAGGGCCACUACGAUGACCAAGGACGCUGGGUGCGUACCGACACUAAGUGGCUGAUGUGCCAAUUGUGUGAUGUUAGCAUCACCUCGGAGUCCCAGAUGGCUAUGCAUAUGGCGGGAGCACGUCAUCGUCGUCGCCAGUACACAAGCUGUCCAGGAGUUCGCUUGAGUCUCAAUGGGAGUCAUAUAUAUCGUAUUACUGCGAAUGGUUCUAUGGAGCCUCUCAAUCCGUUUGGCUGUUAUAUGAAACAUAGUGGCAACUGUAGCGGCAUAGGCAGUGCUUUGAAUGGAAUUAAGAGGUUGCCACUGGGAAUUUUACGAGGAAAUCCACUAAAAAUAAAAGCAGAAACAGGUCACUGUCAGAAAGAACAGCAGCCCCAGCCGAACGGAACUAAUUCGACUGUAUAUUACUGCGAGGUGUGCAACAUAAAUCUCAAUCAUCUGAAAUCGGCAAAGCAGCAUGAGGAUGGACGCAUGCAUAACAAGAAAAUGCAGAGGGUCAACAUUUUCCACGCGGCAUAUGCAUGAGGAGAUCCUUUUUCUUUUACCUAUUUACUUAUCUUCAUUUGCACCAAAACGACAAUUUCAGAUGGACAAUUGCUGGAAGUCAAACAGAAAAACAGUUCAAGUAAAAAUGGUCUGCCUGCCAGGCCGUGUUACUGGGUUGCUGUUUUUUUCCUUUUUUUAAUGAUUUGCAAUUUAUUUUUGAUUCAUGUACCUAUAACAUACGUUUUUUUAGAACUAUCAGUAAAAUAUAUGUAUAUAUCAUUAUGUAGAAAGUA